CAUGUUGUGAGUCUGUGCUAUUGGAGCGUUUUAAUACAAUUAAUACUUUUUUCGCUAUUUGAAGAAUCAUCAGCUGACUACCGGUUUAGGUACAAAUGUCUUUACCAGUUUAUAACACUCAAAUGCUGGUUCAGCGAGACGACGUGCCAGCCUUAGUAAUCAAUCCGAACAACCCACCACCAUGGCUACAAAACAGCACAGCGCAAAUCGUCUAUGUGCAAAACUACGUACAACCAUAUAUGCCCGUAGAUCAGAACGUAUAUUUACAGCAGUACGUCCAAAACCCCAUGUAUGUGAACGUGGACCCACGAUUUAUCGUAGAAUCGAACCAGAUUUAUCAAAACCCACCGAUGACCCAAGAUAAGACCAAUUUCAUGCAAAUCCGUCCGAUGCGACCGACACGCAGCGUGCGACCUAGAGCAUACCGGCAGAUUCAGCCUAGAGUAAGAUACCCUAACAUCCAGAGAGUACAGACCAUGCAAAUGAACGAAAUGAACGGUAUUUCUAACGUUAGAUCAAUGAAUUUGAUGAAUGGAGUUAGUUCUGGAAAUGUUAGAGGAAUUAAUGAUGUAAGCAUGGCAGGGGACAAUUUCAACCCAAAUAUUAAUCGAACAAUGACAAAUGCCAUAAAUGGAGCAAUGGCAAGCGACAAUUUAAAUCUAAAUAACAAUAGAGUAACUAUGGGGAACGUUGCCAUAAACGGAGCAAUGACAAGCGAUAAUAUAAACGUAAAUAUGCAUAGAGUAACUAUGGGGAAUGUUGCUAUAAAUGGAGCAAUGGCAAGCGACAAUUUAAAACUAAAUACCAAUAGAGUAACUAUGGGAAAUGUUGCAAUAAACGGAACAAUGACAAGCGAAAACUUAAACCUAAAUAUGCACAGAGGAGGUAUGGCGAAUGUUGCCAUAAAUGGAGCAAUAUCAACGAAUGUAAACAUAAACGGACCAAGCACUUUUAAUAACACCAGUAAUGCUAUAAAUGGGGUUAAUUAUAAUAGUUUAAACGCAAAUGAAAAUACCAUUACGACGAAUGUUAUAGGAGCAAUGAAUGCAACUCCCAUAAAUGGACAAAUGAAUGAGUCAAAUCGAGUGUCUCAAGUACCAAAUAUAACUCAAAUAUCUAUAAAUACAUUCAAAGCAAUGUCUAACGCAGCAAGCAAUUGUGAUAUAGGCCCUAAUACAUUACACCGUAUGACAGAUAAUGGCGUAGUAAUAUCAAACGUCGCCCCAAAUUCCAAUCUUUAUUUGCCUAGUAAUGGGGUUAAUUGUAUAAACACCCCUGUUAUGUCUAAUGUAAGUGGGACUAUAACCAAUGUUGGCAGAAAUGAUACACCAAAUUUGACAGCCUUUAAUCCAACUGUUAAAAAUGUGCCAAGUUUAAUAAGUGUUAACACAAAUGUUGCGAAUGGAGCAAUUAAUAUUGCUAAAAGUGUAUCAUUACGUAAUGUCACUGUUAAUAACGCAGUAUCUACAGUUGCCAAAAUCCCAAAUUCCAUCAAAACUAUUGUUCCAAAUUCUGUAAAUGUAAUAAAUGGACCUAAUAUUGGUCUAAAUUCUGUUAAUACCAUAAAUAGGGCUGAUAUUGGUGCAAAUUCUGUAAACGUCACAAAAGGACCUGCAUCGAAUGGAUUGGCUCGUGUACCAGUAGCUGCAAAUGUAAAUAUCGUUGGUCCUACUAAAUCAACCACGACCAAAGUAAAACUUGAAAGGAAUAAUCCAAAAAUUGGACACAAUAAAAUUCUAAAUGCUAAUCUAGAUAAUCCAAAUAAUGUCGAAGAUAAACCAACUCAGACUGAAUCCAAAGAUAAUACACGUAACGAAGAUCGAAAGCGUAAAAGUGAAUCUCCUGAUGAAAUUAAAAGUAAAUUGCUCGUACUAGAUAUCAAUGAAGAUAAAUUACAACGGAAAACUGUGUUUACACAAGCAAGAGGAAGAAUUUUGAAUGUCGACACGAAAGAAAAUAUUCCAAUUGACGAAGAUAUUAAGAAAAUUAAUAAGGCGUUUAAUAAAGAUGUUAAUGAUAAAGACUAUGUCCUGACACAUGUUUUGGAUGGUUUCGUUAUACAAGAGUCCAAUGUGGCAUUUCCGAUUCGAAAACCGAUCGUUGAAAAAACAAUUCGUCUCAACUCAGAUGCCCUCAAAGAUUUGGAAGAUGAGAUACCGUCGGUUGCAAUUGUAAAGGGGACAAACAUUCAGGCAGAUGAAGAGAAAUUGAAUGAGAAAGAAUCAUUAAAUGAGAAACAAGUGAAGAUAAACAAAACGGAAUGUUUGAUUAGUGAUGGAAACCCAUUCAGUCGCCUAACACCAGCUGCCAUAAAAAAUUGGACGAUGGAACAACUGACAGACCACUUGUCACGCAGUGGUUGGGAAAGGACUUCGUCAUCAUUCUACGAGCACGAAAUCGACGGCGAAUCACUCCUGCUAGUUUCAAAAUCACAGCUGCUAGUUAUAGGCGUUAAAGAAGAGCAGGCUGAUGUAAUAAUCGCAUUUGUUAACAGUGGUAAAAGUUAAAGGGUUCUGUUACGCGGAAUUUGAUCUUCAAAAAAAAGAUUACAAUGGUUUCCACAUAAGCAUAUUAACUUAGAUUAUAAUUCACAGUAAAUAGAAUAAAAUCAGAGCACGUCUGCUUGAAUUAGAGUCAGGAGAAGGACUGGCUUGAUGGGAAUGUAAGGUUGUUGAUGCAUUAGAAGAAAUGAUGACGAGGAUAUAGCACAGGAUAUGUCAGCAAUAUAGGAUGCAUCGAGGAGUUGUAACCCCCCGACCAAGAGUAAACUUAUACCCUGAAGGGGAUAGUUUAUUCCAUAAGGGUGACAGAGCCUUUCGUAGGCGCACCUGGUUCUUAAGGUAAACGUAGACCUUUAGGAUCUAAUAAUGUUUUCGGUUGCCUUUUCCCUGCAUAAAUUGGGUCCAUGAUGAAGAAAUUUUAUAUAUUCAGGAUAAGUUACAUCAGGUGGUUGUUCAUAGACGGAGUCAGGAUAUAAGCCUUAUGGCCGAAGAGGAGUUCAUAGGGAGUAAAGUUUGUGGAUGCGUGGACAAACGUGUUAUAUAAUAGCAUGGCAGUAAAAACAUAUUUAUGCCAAUUUGUGUGAUUGUCAUUUACAUAGGAUUCAAAUACUCUUUGAGCGUUGAAUAGCUUCUUUCUAGAGCACCUUGAGUUUGUGGGUGAUAAGGUGAAGAUCAAAUUUGUUUUAUUUUAAGGAAUUCGCAUGUUUUCUUAAAUAAUUCUGCAGUGAAGUUAGUGCCUUGAUCCGUCAAGAUCAUCCUAGGUAUACCGAAUAGUGAUAUAAAAUGAACAAGGCAUUCGAAGGUGUCUUCGGAUGUGGCGUUAGCAAUGGGAUACGAGAAGGAGAAAUUAGUGAGGUCGUCUUGCAUGGUAAGGAUGCAUUUAAGAGAUUGAAGACCAGCCAGAGGGCCAACUAGAUCCAUAUCAAUACGCUCAAAAGUUCUUGUAGAAGUAGUCGUUAUUUGCAUGCGCAAUCCGUCUGUCUAAGGGCUUUAUUACUUUGACACAGUUAACAAUUCUUUAUAUAGGAUUCCACAUCUGAAACAUGUUUUUCCAAUAGUAUUUUUCUUUUAUUCUAUUCAACAUGCAUGCAGUUCCGAGAUGACCUGCUAUGGGUAAAUCGUCGGCAUUGCUAUUUAUUUUAGCCUUGUACUCAAUUUUGUAAUCAAAUUCUUCUAACUUAAGUCGCCACCUGACUAACCGGGAGCCAGGGUCUUUGCAAUUAAAAAGCCAUUUCAGAGGUCUAUGGUCAGUGACAAUAGUAAAUCUGUGUCCGUAUAAAUAUGGUCUAAAAGUUUUUGUUCCAAAGGCAUUCUUUUUCUGUUGUUGAGUAAUUUACUUCUGCUUUAUUCAGUGUUCUAGAGGAACAGGCAAUAGGUUGAUCUUUACCUAUUUCGUCCUGGGAUAGUAUUGCAGAUAUAGCAUAAUUGGACGCGUCGCAUGUUUUCGGUUGUUGUCGGAUUCGUGAAGUCUGGGUAAAUCAGGAUAGGAGCGGAAAUAGAUUUAUUUUUUAAAUCAUCAAAGGCUGUUUGUUGUUCUAGUGACCAAUAUAAUAAAACAUCUUUCUUCAGCAGAAUAGUUAAUGGUUUAGUAAUUUUUAAGAAAUUCGCACUUAUCCGGUUGUAGUUUUAAAUUAUGUUCACGUUAUUUAUGAAAGAUCUUAGACAGUUUAUCACAGUGAGAAUUGAGGUCGUGUGAAUAAAUGACGAUAUCGUCUAAAUAGACAUAGCAAUGAAUACCCUCUAAUCCUGCUAACGCAGUAUCCAUAAGCCGUUGGAAAGUUGCAGUGGCAUUCUUUAGCCCGAAUGGCAUACGUUGAAAUUCGAAGUGGCCUUGAGGGACAGUGAAAGCUGUUUUAGGAGUAUCUUUUUAUGUAAUGAAUAUUUGGUAAAAACCAGAACAAAGGUCAAGUGUAGUGACGUAUUUACUCUGUCCUAGUGGAUCUAGGAUCUCAUUUAUCUGUGGGAUUGGGUAGCGUUCGCCUACCGUUAUGUCAUUGAGUUUGCGAUAGUCUAUCACGAUGUGCCAUUUUGUCUUCCCUGAGUCUAAUUUCUUUGGUACGAUCCAAAUUGAGAAUGACUAGGGUGAAGUUGACGGUUUGAUGAUGUCUUGAGAGAGCAUUUAAGAAAUCUGUUCGUCCACUCCAUUUUUUAUGGAUCUCCGGGAAGCGGUAAGAUUUCACAUUUAUUGGCUCAGCGUGGUAUUUCGUGCUUAAGGAAGUCAGUGGUUGUCAAUUUGUCACCUGGUAAAUGAAAAAUGUCGAAUUAUUGUGAACAAAUAUCGGUUAAGUAGUUUUUCUCUUCAUCGUUUAAGUGGUCGGUUCUUAAUCGGUUUAGUACUUCUUUCCUACGGGAAAUUGAUGAUAUAGUGGAAAUGAUCUUAGGGUCUACUUGGAAGGAAUUGGCAUGGAGGGGUUGAAUUCUAACUUUGCUAUCAGAAUCUAACGUUAUUAGCUCUUCUGGUGUAUUUACCACAGAUAUAUUAACUCGAUUAUUAUUCUUUACAGAAACAAUACAAUUGGCUAUUAAAAGAGAAUCUAAAAGGUGUCUGAACUUCCAGAUUUUUAGGAUAUCAGAACUGUAAUCUAUAAUGCCAUCUAAUUCAUUGAGAAAAUCGGUACCUAUUAUCCCAUCAUAACCUAAGUCUAUUUCUAUUACAACGUGAAAUCGAUAAGCGAGUUCUGUGUCAAUGCCUACAAAUAAUUGAAGUUGAAAAUGGCCGGUACGGUUUCGUUGUUAGAAUUUAUUCCCUUGAGUUGGAUUAUAUCAUUUACAAGAAUUGGCAUGGACGUGAUCGAGUUUUUUUAAUCAAACUUACGCAGGAACCUGUAUCGACGAGAAAUAUAAGCGGUUGUGGAUUGACCUGGUUAUUGAGAUUAACAUGAUAUAAGUAUCUUUUCCGUGAAUUUGUGGUUACCUCAUAGACUGGAUAAUCUCUUUCUUUGCAUUCUUUCCUCUGAAAUUUCCUGGUUAGUGGCUUCAUUAAGGCUUUGUGGGUUUUUCAUCGUAACAAAGAGAUUCUAGGGGUAAGGCCCAUUAUGAAACAGUGUAUCCCCAAUUCUUCCAUAGCGGAUAUUUUAUCAGACAGUUCCACUUUUUUCUUAUUAGCUAGUGUGAUUUCGGUUAAUAAUUUAUAGAGGCUAGAUUCUACUCUCAAGGAGUACUGGCUAACCGAUUCGUUAGGGAGUUGUUGACUCUCUUGUAGAUCUAACAAUAAAUGUGCCAAAUGUUUGCGCUCUCCAAACUGGGAUUGUAGAAAUUGACUCAGUUGUUCCCAGCUUUCAAGUCCUUAAUGGACGCGGCGGUUUCGGCUUUGUUUUCGAGUUGACAUAGUAUAUAAUUUAACAAAAGAUGCUUUUGACUUAAAAGUAGUAUCGCAUUUAUUAUAAAUGAACAUAACUUAUCACGGAAUCCAUCAAAAGGUUUUAUAAACUUCAGCAACACACUUGUCUCUAGUUUUUCUGGAAUCUUUUUUUGUGGAAAUUUCAACGAAGUUUAAAUAGGAUGGAAUAAGUUAAAUUGUCGAAUUAGAGUACGUUGUUAUUAUGUAACUAAUACAGUUUUAUCUUAUUAUAAACAAUGGCGAGACUGGAACAUUCUUUCGACGCGACUCGAGACAUAUAACAGUAAUAUAGUUAUUACAAUUAAGUCACUUACAGGCUCAGGAACACAGUGACAAUGCUACGAUUUUAUACAUAUUUUGGCCAAUAGCCGUUUCACUUAAAUAGACUUUCACUUUUGCACUUUUGGGUAUAGCACUAUAUGACUUGUCACAGUGAAUUUUACACUUUCGAAUUUAAAUCUUUCGGAACUUUGGCUUUUCGCGGAUACUUCUACUUGGAGGGUAAGCGAGGUUUAUAAAAAUGCCACCGCUGCCACCAAUUUGUUACGCGGAAAUUGCUUGGAAUCUUUAAAAAAAAAGAUUAUAAUGGUUUCCACAUAAGCAUAUUAACUUAGAUUAUAAUUCACAGUAAAUAGAAUAAAAUAAGAGCACGUCUGCUCGGAUUAGAGUUAGGAGAACGACUGGUCUGAUGGGUAUGUAAGGUUGUGAUGCAUGGGAAGAAAUGAUGACGAGGAUAUAGCACAGGAUAUGUCAGCAAUAUAGGAUGCAUGCGAGGAGUUGUAACAGUUAGAAUAGUUUAGUUUAGGUCAAAUAAAGUGUAUUGUUUGAUUUAGAAUGAAAUUGGUGUUAAAUAAGCAGUGGUUGAACUGAGCUAAAAGGCGUAAAAGUUUGGAUAUGACGGUGUAGAAUAGGCAGAGAUCUUACUGAAAUUAUAUCAGGUUUGAGUAAAUUGUACAAAUUUUAUUAUGGUGAAAAGUUGGAGAGGUUUAAGUUAGAUGACUAGUGGUUAAACUAAGCUAAAAGCGUAUAAGUUAAUGUAUAGAAAUGACUGUAUAAUAGGCAGAGUAAUUGAGUUAAAUCGUGAUAUGUUUAAGUAUAUUAUAGUGAUGAAAAGGAGUGGUUUAAGUUAUGUCACUAGUGGUUAACCUAAGCUUAAAAGAGUAAAAGUUUUGGUGGUUAUAAUUAUAUAAAAAUACAAUAAAAAACACAGCUUCCAACCAUGUUCGUAUAAACGCGAUUAACUCAAAAAAUUUCGAACGGAUUUUCAUGUAUAAGCGUCAUUCUUAAGGUUUUACUAUAUAAUUAAGUAUGGUUUUGUGUAAAUUUACUGAAAUGUUAGGUCGUAAAUUCACAUGUGUGAAUGGAUAUUUCUGUAAAUAAUUUGUUUGUAAAUACAUAUU